UUAUUGUGUCCCACAUUAUCUAGUUCCCCAUGACCAGCCACCCAUGAAUCUCACACCAAGCUCCCUGCUCUCAUGGCCAUGGCCAUGUCUACACUGCUCUCCCUCACUUCCCACCCCCCAAAACCCCUAAAAAGUCCCAAUUCAGAACCCCUCAUCUCUCUCAACCCCAACUCUCUUUCAAGAAGGCUUCUCCUCUUCACCACCUCCGUUUCACUCAACUCUUUUCUCUUCUUGUCCCUUCAAUACCCUCUCCCAAAAUCCUCUGCUGAGACACCUCAACCACCCUCAUCAUCACCAAAUUCUUUUCGUUCAGGCAUUGCCAACACCAAGUCUUGGCUCCAGUUCUAUGGCGAUGGCUUUGCCAUUCGGGUACCGCCCCAAUUUGAGGACAUCACGGAGCCUGAGGAUUUUAACGCUGGGUUGUCACUCUAUGGAGAUAAAGCUAAACCAAAGACUUUUGCUGCACGCUUUGCUUCUCCUGAUGGAUCUGAAGUUGUUAGUGUUGUGAUUCGCCCGACUAAUCAACUCAAGAUUACCUUCUUGGAGGCCCAGGACAUAAGUGACUUGGGUUCAUUGAAGCAAGCGGCGAGGAUAUUCGUUCCUGGUGGAUCUACUCUCUAUUCGGCCUGCACAAUCAAAAUAAAGGAAGAUGAAGGUUUUAGGACCUAUUACUUUUAUGAGUUUGGACGAGACGAACAGCACAUUGCACUAGUAGCUGCCGUUAACAGUGGAAAGGCAUUCAUCGCUGGAGCAACAGCCCCUCAGAACAAAUGGAACGACGAUGGCAUCAAGCUUCGAUCUGCUGCUGUGUCGCUUACAGUUCUAUGAUCUGGUGCAGAAAAACGAUGUGUUCACAAGAACGUUGAGUGAGAGUGAAUGGAAAAUAUCGAAGUGAUACCAUUCCACGAAAGGUCAUCGCUCUGGAUUAAAGAUCCGAGACUCACCAAGCAAUGUUUUAUUGAUUUUCUAAGCGGAAACUUUAAAGCCAACCGGAGAACAGGUGGUGAAGUUUUGCUUAGUAAUAAGCUGAAAUUUUGCUCUAUGUAUGAUGCAUAGGAGUGCAAAUUCUUGAUCAUUUAGGACUUAGGAGUUAGGGCUAUAUAUCUACAGUGUAUCUAUAGUUUUUCUGUUCAGAGUUCUCUGAUAUUGCAUAAACCAGGGAUCAUGUAAUUUGAGUGUGAUGAGCAAUUUUCAACAGUUGUGAUGGAUAAUUGGAUAUUUACUUCAAAAGCAAUCAAAGUUGAGUUAUGGACACAACUCACAAUUGCAAAGAAAA